AUGUCAACCGAUAUCAAUGUCGUAAUUGCGUCGUUUAUCGAUCGUUUGAAGAGAAGGCAGAUCUCGGGAUCAUAUCAGGUCUCUCUUGAAACUCUGCAGCUACUGAAACGGUUUGUUUCUGCCGCGAGGUGGUCCUCUGUUGAAGAUUUGAUUGCUCAAUUGCGGGACUUGGGCACUCGACUUGGAAAGGCGCAGCCUACCGAGUUUACGUGUGGAAACAUUAUUAGAAGAGUGUUGGCGUUGAUAAGAGACGAAGUAGAGGAAGAAAUGGCCUCCAGCGACCAAGUACAAAAAGUUGCAGAACCUAUGAUUUCCUCCAUUUUUAGCCUGCUACAAAAACCGGCAGUAGUGUCGUCAGCAACGCUACCUUCCUCAUCGAAUGAGAAACAGGCCGAUCAUCCAAAGGCAGACUUACGUCAAGUCAUUAUACAGGGAAUAAAGGAGCUUAUAGAUGAAAUCGCGAAUAUCGACGACGGCAUCCAGCAGAUCGCUGUCGACUUGAUCCACGAUCGUGAGAUUCUACUGACGCCCACACCAGAUUCAAAAACCGUUUUGAAAUUCCUCAUCAAAGCCCGCGAGCGCAACAACAGAAACUUUAGUGUGCUUGUAACAGAGGGGUUCCCAAACAACACUCGCAUCGCGCAUCAGUUCGCCAAAACGCUAUCGGAGCAUGAUGUAGAAACUACUGUUAUCCCUGACACUGCUGUUUUUGCUCUGAUGAGCCGUGUUGGCAAAGUCAUUAUUGGAGCUAAGACUGUUUUCACCAACGGCGGUACCAUAUCUUCUACAGCUGGCGUAUCAUCGGUGUGUGAAUGCGCUCGCGAGUUCAAGACUCCUGUUUUUGCUGUAGCUGGUCUAUACAAGCUCUCUCCACUAUACCCCUUCGACAUUGAAAAAUUCGUUGAAGUUGGUGGCUCACAACGCGUCUUACCUACGAUGGAUAAUGACCGUGUGGGUAACCACAACAGACUCGAUACUGUAAAUCCAGUCGCCGAUUACGUGCCGCCUGAAAAUAUCGACAUUUACAUCACCAAUAUUGGUGGUUUCGCACCUAGCUUCAUAUACCGGGUAGUAUGGGAUAACUACAAACAGCAGGAUGUUAAUCUGGAGAACUGA